AUGUCGCCUCGUGGGAUCACAAGUCGCUUGAAUUUCAUUGAGGCCGCUAGAGAGCGUUGCUAUCGCGGGAUGUUUUAUGCUGUUGCCUCGCGAAAGCAGAACGAGGCUGUGGAUUCGCUGAUCGUUGGGGUUGAUUCCAACAUCAUGCCGGCGAUGUACGUUGAGGUCAAGGCACUUGGCUAUUCUUGCGUACGGGAUAAACAAUGCUUCAAGUUCUCCUUCCUGCAUUUCCUGGUCAUCUUCUCACCUCACCGAGAGCCCGUGAAGAAGGAUUUCCCCCUACUGUUACGCUGA